AUGCUGCGGCAAACUGAGACACAAGAACGUCACUUGGUUCUCCUCGGAGACCAGGUGGGCAAUGUUUCUUUGCUGGCGAAGAGAUUGCUGCUAGAUGCCCCUCAGAGUGUUGCUCAGAGUGAUUUUGUCCGGGAUGUCAGCACUACGUUGAGCUCUUUGAGUGAUCGACUUCGUCCGUUUCAUCGAGAACACCUACCACGCUUUGACACUGUCCAUAACCUCGCCACUAUAUAUAACGAAAGUAAUGGAGCUUGUCAUCCCGCCGUCGCCAGCACUCUUCUGGCGGUUGUUCAAUUCUUGCAAUUGUUUCGAUAUUACGAAACAAGGGCUCGUCAACCCGAAAAUCACGAUGAAAUAUCGGUCGUGGGUCUCUGCACCGGAUCCUUGGUCGCAGCAGCAUAUGCCUGCUGCGCAUCUCUUGAUGAUCUCAAAGCUCUGGCUGUGCCCACAGUUUCCAUCGCGUUUCAGAUGGGUUUGCAGGUAGCAACUGCAAGCAGCAUGCUGCACGAGCAGGGCACAACAUUGGAAAGCUGGUCAACGGCCAUCUCAAAAAUGAGUGAGGAUGAAGUGCUUUCGGCUCUUCAGCUUUACGAUGCCGGUGGUCAGUUAUCGCUCCGCCACCGAUGUUUUAUUAGUGCGGUUGGCCUCAAUGGCGUCACCGUCAGUGGAUCACCACCUGCUUUGCGUCGGUUCACGGAAACCUUGACGGAUUCCGAUCCUAGAAAAAGGGUUAGAGAACUGCCAAUCUACGGAGCAUACCAUGCGUCACACAUACACGGAGUGUUGGACUUUCCCAGCUUUCUCAACCGCGCGGGUGUUGACUCGGAGUUUUUGGCUAGCUUCCCAAAGAGGAAGACUCUCCUUUGUCCACUGACAGGAAAGUCGGUGGAUAGUCCGAACUCUCUUGGUUUAUUUAAGAGCGUCGUACAUCACACGUUACAAGCACCAUUGCGCUUCGAUCUGGUGGUUGACCAGUUUGUCACCCAAAUCCAAGCAAAUGGCACCACCUCUGUCACGCUCCAUGUGGUAGGACCAACUACAGCCGGUGAAGGCCUUGCAUCGGCACUGAGAUCGAGAACGGAAGUAACCGUUGUUACUCGGGAUUUGAUCACUCUUGAUUCCCGGAAGGAUCAGUUCCAGGCAUCAGGCGCAUAUCAUAAUGCUCCCCUGGCUAUUGUUGGUGUGUCGGGUCGAUUUCCCGGUGCAGAAAGUGCCGAAGAGUUAUGGAGUGUUUUGGAGGCUGGCCUUGACAUGCAUCGAGUGAUUCCCAGAGAUCGCUUUGACGUCGAGAAGCAUGUAGAUCCCAAUGGUAAGGCAAAGAACACCAGUUGGACCCCAUACGGUUGCUUCAUCGACCGACCUGGCGACUUUGACCCUCGAUUUUUCAACAUGUCCCCAAAGGAAGCCCUUCAGACAGAUCCCAUGCAGCGGCUCGCUCUUGUGACAGCUUAUGAGGCAUUGGAGAUGUCCGGAUAUGUUCCCAACAGAACACGAUCAACGGCUCUUAAUCGCAUUGGAACCUUCUAUGGCCAGACAAGCGAUGACUACCGCGAUGUGAACUCAUCACAGGAUAUUGGAACUUAUUUCAUCACUGGUGGAAUCCGCGCAUUUGGACCUGGACGAAUCAACUACUAUUUCAAAUUCGAGGGCCCAAGCUUCAACGUCGAUACUGCCUGUUCCUCUAGCUUGGCCGCGAUUCAACUUGGAUGUACAUCUCUCUGGAGCGGUGAUUGUGAUACAGCAGUCGCUGGUGGAUUGAGUGUGCUCACAUCCCCCGAUCUCUUCGCGGGAUUGAGUCGAGGCCAGUUUCUCUCGAAAACCGGAUCAUGCAAGACAUUUGACAAUGAUGCUGAUGGCUAUUGCCGCGCUGAUGGUGUAGGAACAGUUGUUAUCAAAAGGCUUCGUGAUGCCGAGCUCGAUAAUGACAAUGUUCUCGCGGUGAUUCUUGGUGCUUCGACGAAUCAUUCGGCACAGGCAAUAAGCAUUACGCACCCGCAUGCUGGAACACAGUCUAAACUGUAUCGUGAGAUCCUGCAGCAGUCAGGUGUCGAUCCUUUUGAUGUUGGCUAUGUUGAGAUGCAUGGGACCGGGACGCAAGCCGGGGAUGGAACGGAGAUGAAAUCAGUGACGGAUGUUUUUGCUCCUGCUCACCCUGUCCGACCUGCAAACAAUCCAUUGUAUGUGGGAGCUAUCAAGGCAAACAUUGGCCAUGGAGAAGCUUCAUCUGGAGUCGCAUCCUUGAUAAAGACCAUCCUGAUGUUCAAGAAAGGGGUUAUUCCCCCGCAUGUUGGGAUCAAAAAUGAAAUCAACAAGGGAUUCCCAGAUCUUGAAGCGAGAAAUGUCCGAAUUGCGAUGGCCAAAACCCCCCUGCCGGCACCCAGAGGCCCGAAGCGAACGGUACUGGUCAAUAAUUUCAGCGCCGCUGGCGGCAAUACUGCGCUGUUGAUCCAAGAGCCCCCUAAGCCUGAUAACUCCGAAAAAAAAGACCCUCGUCCCUCGCAUGCAGUCACGGUCUCUGGACACACAGCGGCAUCGUUGAAACGCAACUUGGAAAGACUGAUUGCAUACACUAUCAUUGAGCCAGAGAUUUCACCAGGAGACUUAAGCUAUACGACAACUGCUCGCCGAAACCAUUACGCUUUUCGAUUAACGGUCGCUGAGCCCACGAUUGAACGGAUUCGAGUCGCUCUGCAAAACAAACAGGGACUAACGCCAUAUAACUCACUUCUGUCUAACCACAAUCCCUCAGUGGUCUUUUCCUUCACUGGCCAGGGUGCAACCUAUGCCGCCCUAGCCCAGGAGCUGUACACAACAUCGACUCAAUUUCGCGCGGAUAUCUCGCUAUUUGACGGAAUUGCAAGGCAGCAAGGAUAUCCAUCUUUCAUCCCACUGGUUGAUGGGGCGGUCCCUGAUAUCAAUCAGCUAUCGGCCACCCAGACCCAGGUUGGAUUAGUGUCCAUUCAAAUUGCUCUCGCUCGUUUGUGGCGCUCAUGGGGAGUGAAACCCACCGCAAUCAUCGGUCACAGCCUCGGCGAGUAUGCGGCUCUGCAAGUGGCUGGUGUUCUUUCCAUCAGCGAUGCCAUUUUCCUCGUUGGUCACCGGGCGCGUCUCCUAGAGACCCACUGCCAGCCGUAUACCCAUUCCAUGCUUGCCGUAUCGGGAACAUCUGCAGUUAUUGAAACCCUGUUGUCCGCUUUCUCCGAGGAAGUCGAAAUUGCUUGCUCAAACAGUCCCCGCGAAACAGUCUUUGCCGGUAGAAGAGAGGUGAUAGAUAAGUUGGAGGUGCAUUUAUCUGGCGCAAAUAUCCGUUGUACUAAGCUGCAAGUUCCUUUUGCGUUCCAUACGGCGCAGGUUGAUCCCAUUCUUGAUCACCUGGAAGAGAUUGCCAAGGUGAUUAAUUUCGGCGCACCGCAAAUUCCUAUAUUGAGCUCGUAUCUUGGCCGUCCGCUCGCUACGGACGACCGGAUUGAUGCAAAUUAUAUUCGCCAACACUGCCGACACUCGGUCCAAUUUGGCAGUGCUUUGGAGUCAUCCCUAGAUCAGGGCCUAGUCAACGAAGCCUCCGUGUUUAUUGAGAUCGGCCCCCAUCCAAUUUGUUUGGGCAUGAUUCGAGGCAUAUUGGGCGACACACAUCUCAAGAUUCCAACAUUGAAGCGGAAGGAAAAUCCAUGGAAAGUGAUCGUGGGCGGUCUAGCUUCCUUGCAUGACCAGGGUUUCUCGAUAAACUGGUCCGAAUAUCACCGCGAUUUCGACGACACACAUCAUCUUCUCUCCCUGCCUUCCUAUGCUUUUGACAACAAGAGAUACUGGUUGGAAUACCGAAAUGACUGGACGCUUCGCAAGGGAGAUGCUUUGCCCACCAUUGAACCUUCUAACCACGCAGUUGAAAAGCCAUCGAAACUGACAAGCUCUGUUCAUCGGGUCGUGGAAGAGAACUACAAUGGUUCUGAUCCAACCGUGAUCUUCGAGACGGAUCUCUGUGAUCCCCAGCUCCACGCCGCCAUUAGUGGACAUCGUGUCAAUGGUUCUGCUCUUUGUCCAUCGUCCAUCUACGCAGAUAUUGCUCAGACGAUCACUCAUCAUAUCCAGCAGCAAGCUCAAUCCGGCAUUAAAUUGGGUGGUGUUAACGUCACCGGUAUGGAGGUAACACAGCCAUUGAUUAUCAAGUCGCCUAGACAAGAUGAGAAUCGCAUCUUGCGGGUCGUUGCACACGUCGACAAAACGUCUCAACAGGUUUCUCUUGAAUACACCUCUAUUACAGGCGGCCAAACGGUAGCAACCAAGCAUGCCAUUUGUGUUGUCGAGUAUGGCUCGCCAGAAAAGUGGCUUCGACGUUGGUCACAUAGCCUUCAUUUGGUCCAAGGACACAUCAACGAACUGGAAAACAAGGCGAAUCUGGGAGAAAUCAAUAAAGUUACCAGCCGCCUCGCUUAUCGACUUUUUAGCAGCCUAGUGGACUAUGCGCCUGAAUACCAAAGGAUGAGUCAGGUUCUCCUGGCGGGCGAUCUUUAUGAAGCUUCCGCCACGGUCAGCCUGGAUGAACGAGGUGAUGAUGCCUCGUUCCAAUGCAGUCCUUACUGGAUUGAUUCCUUGGCUCACCUGUCAGGGUUCGUUAUGAAUGGCAAUGAGAACAUCAACUAUCAGGAAGCUGUUUACAUAUCUCAUGGUUGGGAGAGUAUGCGAUUUGCCAAGAAACUGGUCCCUGGUGGUCAAUAUCAGACCUACGUUCGAAUGUUACCGGUAGACAAAACAAUGUUUGGGGGCGACGUCUGGAUUUUGCACGAGGGAGAAAUUGUCGGUGUGAUCGAAGAUCUUCGAUUCCAACGCGUCCCACGAAGCAUUCUUGAUAUGCUUCUCCCUCCGAUUCGGGUGAAUGCCGCCAAAGAGACCACCAAAACUGUCACCCCGAACAAGAACAACUCGCAGCCAGUCAUUCCGAAGGUUCAAGCUCCCAUCACGCAAGUCGGAAGCAACCCAACCCGGGAGGUUCAACGACAACCUGAACAGCCAGCUAGCUCCCUGCUUGACUUAAUCGCCGGAGAGCUUGGUCUAGCGGCAUCCGAAAUGUCUCCCAAUGAUAAUUUGAGCGAGCUUGGGGUUGACUCCCUUAUGUCUUUAACACUGGUUGGUCGGCUUCGCGAGGAGAUGAACGUUGAUAUUACCCACAGCAGAUUUCUUGAACUUUCUACCAUAUCUCAACUUUUGGAUGUUCUGAAUGAGGUACCACAUACUGUCAUAAAUGAUCCAGUGGGAGAUGGUCCCCCAAAGGAUCAGGUUGGUCACUACAGUUCGUCUCCAAGUUCAGGGUCUUCGUUUGUUGAGGUCAUCACACCAGAUAGCUCUGCAGAUGAUACCUUACGUCUCGUGAAACACAUCAUUCUGGAGGAGACCGGUCUCGCUGAGGAUGAGCUAGAAGCAACAGCAGACCUUGGCUCUUUGGGAAUCGAUUCUUUGAUGAGCUUGACUGUCCUAGGAAAGAUCCGAGAAGACGGCCUUGAGCUCCCUAUGGACUUUUUCCUCCAACACACAACAAUGAACGAAGUUUCACGAGCUCUGCUUAGCAGCAACGACAAUUUGCAGCCCGAAGACAUUUUACGCUCCACUGAUGAGAAAGAUCUUGAAGCAAAAUCCAUUCUUCUUCAGAGGCGGUCUAAACCAGCAAGCAGCAAAACCCUUUUUCUGUUCCCCGAUGGCUCAGGGUCCCCGGCGUCCUAUGCAGGACUAGAACAGCUUCAUGAGGACUUUGACAUUUACGGUCUCGUAUGCCCCUUCCUCCAUGAUUCGGGUCGCUAUACCAAUGGUAUCGAAGAUGUCGUCAGAAUAUUUCUGUCUAAAAUCAGAAGGCACAGUCCUUCGGGUCCCUACUAUCUUGGCGGCUGGUCUGUUGGUGGUGUUCUUGCGUAUGAAGCGUCUAAACAACUCAUCGGCGCCGGCGAGAAAGUGCACGACCUAGUUCUUAUCGAUGCGCCAUGUCCCACAGUGCUAGCCCCCAUGUCUACCUCUCUUAUCGACUUUCUCAACUCCAUCGGCGUCUUAGGCCAAACACAGAGCGAUGGCUCCUUACUUCCGGGUUUAAAACGCCAACUUGUCCUUGAUCACUUUGACGCAACUGUCAAGAACCUUGGUGCCUACGAUCCAACUCGCUCCCCGAUAUCGAUUGGUUUAUCCCCUCGUACAUCCAUUAUAUGGGCCCAAGAAGGUGUGUGUGAUGGAAUAGAUGACCCAAAACUGAAGGCAAACCCUUCACUGGCUACCGAUGCCACUGCGAGCUGGAUUUUAAACAAGCGCACUGACAUCGGCCCCCGAGGAUGGGAAUCGCUUCUAUCAAUCAAUAAUAUUUCUUCCUUCUCUGUCCCUGGGAACCACUUCAGCAUGAUGCAUCCCUCCAAUAUCGGAGCACUCUCCAACCAGUUGAAGUUCAUUCUAGCUUCUGCUAAAUAG